AUGUCGUCAGUCCAUCAAGUUCAACAUGCGAGAGAUGCUAGUCAACCUUCUCGCGCCCCACGCCCUAGAUACUACAGCAGACAAACCAACAUCCAAUCCUCCCGCGACUCAACCAUUGCACCAUUCUCACAGGAGCACUCCAACUCCUCCGAGUCUUUCUACAGCGAUGAAAAUCUUAUUUUUAAUGCAGUCCGGGUCUCUACGCCCAAUGAGGAUCCCCAUCUUUACGAGAAUUCUUACACGAUGGGCUCGAUCGUGGAAAGAGGGUUGGCAGCUAAUAUGGCUAGGCUCAUUCCACCAGAAUCACAAGGGUCCUCUCAAGACGGCCGCCCUUUAACUCAGCAUCGACGUCUCUUCAUAUCAAGACAGCGAGCGGACCAACUUGGGUGGCGGAAUCAGCUCUUCUCUGACAAUGGGGCUUGUCAUAAAUCGCAACUGGGCGCAAGUCCUUUGAACGAAGCGGAUUACCUUACCGAAUCGGUAGGAAACCAGCACCGCAAAGCUAUCUCUCUCGAUGCGGUGGACGGUCAUGGUCCUAGGAGCCCCCGGAAAUAUCCCUGUUGGCCUGGAUCAAGUAUGCCAACAGCUGUGAGGACUGUUCAACCAACAUACCCUCCAUUGGAAAGAUCACUCACUCCUCCUGGCCUCCCGUCGUUCAACACCCCAGAAGCAAUGUACUGCUCUGCCCAGUUUCUCGUUGGGCACAACGGACCGCGGGCUUUGGUACCUAACCACCCACACGGACUACCAGCCAGCGGCCAAUGCUCCAGCUCAUAUGGCGAAGCAUUUCGAAGAUUUCUUGGCUUGCAAUCCACAGUUGAUACUGAUCCAGUUGUAUCUGGUAGCAUCGGUAUUGGACGAGCACCAGACGGAACUACUGUCCAGGGAAGGUUUCCGCAACGACAAAGUGGGCAUGGUACGAAUUUAGCAAGACAACUAGAGGACCACCCAUUCCACCAGAACACGCUUCGUGUCGCUCUUAUCUCUCAAGCUAGUCCUGAUUUAUUCCGGACUAGAAUAGAAGCUGAUACCAGUGUCUCGAAACACUACCCUGUUCAACCUCCGCGAAAGAAAAUAAUCCGUAAAAUGGGUUUGGGUAUAUUCGGACGAGCACUGAUUCCAGCAUCUGUCCCCGCUCAAAGAACAACGCAAGAACCAAUUACCGGACCGAUAUCUCCUCUGCAAUUACCACAGCCACGAUACGAUCUUAUUCGAACACCGAGUGAUCGCCGAGAAGCUGAAUUGCUUGGUGCGGGAACAUAUACUGUUUGUGAUGUGUUGGCUUGGCUCCCGACUCAGCUGUACCUCUGCUGCUGUGUCAGUGGUGGUUCUGUCGAGGACAACGAUGACCUUGAGAUAAUCAAUUCUAGGGAAACCUAUACGACGGCAAGGAGUCGACUUUCGGGUAUGGAAACAGGUGGGAAUAGGAUUGGGUCUUCUCCAUGA